AUGGCUCGUCGGCCGUAUGAUUUGUUGUUCAAGCUAUUGCUCAUCGGCGAUUCGGGUGUGGGAAAGACGUGUAUUCUUUAUCGAUUUAGCGACGACGCCUUCAAUACCACAUUCAUUUCAACAAUUGGGAUUGAUUUCAAAAUCAAAACGAUCGAGUUGAGGAGGAAAGAAGAUCAAGCUGCAAAUAUGUACUUUGUAGGGAUACGGCAGGUGAAGAAGGUUCAUACAAUUACCACAUCGUACUACCGAGGAGCGAUGGGUAUAAUGUUGGUGUACGACAUCACGAACGCCAAGAGUUUUGACAACAUUGCAAAAUGGUUGCGGAAUAUUGACGAGCACGCUUCUGAAGACGUUGUCAAAAUGCUGCUCGGAAACAAGUGUGACAUGACCGAGCGAAGAGUUGUAAGCCGGGAAAGAGGAGAGAAGAUUGCUAAGGACCAUAUGAUAAGGUUCCUGGAAACGUCUGCAAAAGCAAAUAUUCAUAUCGACACGGCAUUCUACGAGCUAGCUGAAGCGAUUUUGGAUAAGAUGCCAGCACAAACCGAAGAACCUAGAGUUACAAUCAAUCCCCUCGAUAGCGGUAAAGCAGGCAGUGGAGGUUGCUGCUAG